UUAUAACCUAGUAUAUAUAUAUAUAUAAAAGAAGGAAAACGUGCGGAGGUGGUUAGGGUUUCAUCGAAAUGGUUUUCACCGAGGAGAAGGAGUGUGUGGGCGUAUAUCAUCGAGUCGGCAAGGAGGGGAGGGUGUUGGUCUCUUCAAAUUGUAUCAGUGAGGAGGAGAGGCUACGCCUAUCUCAAAUCGACAAGACGGAGAAGGAUAAGGAGAAGGAGAGGAAGAGGAAGAGGAAGAGGCUGCUGCGGUUCUCUUCAAUAGACAAGAUGAGUAUGAAGCCAGCAGCAUAUAAGAGGAGGAUGAAGGUGAGGAGGAGGUUCAAUGGCGAGUUAAAGGACAUGAUUAAGCUUAGCAGUAACGAUGAGGCUUUUCGUCUUUCAUGGAAGACGCUUAGUGAAAUUAUAGAUUUUAUUCGCUCACGGAAGACUCCUACUCCUAACACAUAUCGGCAGUGGGAUGAGUACGCCAGAUCAUUCUAUCGUAAAAUGUGUACCUGCUUUGGUGUUGAUUAUCAGCAUUUAGAGGCCACUCCUCCUCAACUGGAGACCCACCCCGUGCCAAAAGGGAAGUCAUAUAUGUCUCGUUUAGCAGAGAGUGGUGUGGGGUUUGUUUUGAGGACCCUCUCCUGGGCAGAAGGGAAGAAGCAUUUUGAACCGAAAACGCACAUCGAGGAGGAGCCGGGCCCCGUGCAAAUCAUCCAACCAGCAACAGAAGAGAUGUCAUUUGACGAGUUUAUGGACACGGUAUUGGAUAGACUUGAGAUUAUUUACGCGACGUUGAUCCUUGACGGGGCAUUCGACUUCGGUCUUUAUUCUCCUGGGACUGGACCCGACCGUAUUCCGUAUCAUUUGCAUUUGUUGCUUAAGGAAGCAGUUUAUAUCAUGAGCAACACGAAUGAUAAGAAAGAUUUGAAAAUGGUUGAAGAAAAAAUUUGCUUCUUUAUGACCUACUUUCACUCUCAUGUGCCAUCUUCGUUUAGAUACAAUCGGCGCCUGGCCAGUUACAACGUUGACUCCUAUCACAGCACGCGUGAGCCUAGAUACAUGCUGGACGGUUACACCCUUUACCCCCAUAUAUCCUUCCUCAUGUGGGGGUGGGAUCCGAGGGCCCGUCUCUCGCCACAAGAGAUGGUUGAAAUUAUGAAUAUUAUCCACUCACGGAAGACACCGUCAUUUUGGGGGAUGAGCUCUGAGGAGAUAUCAUUCUACUGUAAACUAUGUUCCUGCUUUCGGAUUGAAUACCAUUAUUUAGAGGGCGCUCGUGAGGAUGCUGUGUGUUUGAUGAAUGUGAGACGAAACUAAAGGCUGGCUUCUAUAUGUGAAAACGUACGCCUAGCUUCUAUAUAUAUGUAUGUAUGUACGUACCUAUAUAUAUUUGGUGAUACAUGUUUCAUCUUAAUUUGGUGACCAAAUGGCAACCAUACUAUGAGUGCGUGGGUUUUUACACACCACGGCUCAUAUGUUAAAA